AUGACUUCCGAGACUUUUACGCAAAGUGGAUUCAAGUCGAGCUUUCAAGAAUGUCCGAAUUCGGCUUCUUCUUCAGUUCCUCCAGCCAGCUAUUCGAACAACUUCGGGCCUGGGAUCUCUAUUCAGACCCUGCGCGACCCAAGUGACCAGCGCUUCCGAUUCAAUUUGAAGAAAAGGUCGAGAAACAAAGAUCGCCACGAAGAGUCCGCCGCCAAACUCCCAACUAAAGAGCCCUCUCCAGAACCGCCCUUGGCUCCUGAAUUCGUCCCUCCUUUGCCUGACUACGAAUGCCCUGGCUCUCAAUCCCCUCCGCCCGAGCCUGAGCUGCCGCCCCUGCCUCUCGAAGAACUCCCUCCUGAUCCAGACGAGUGGGAGCGAAAACGACAUGUGGUGCGCUGUGCCCGCCGCGCUGUCCGAAUUUAUAAAUCUCGCAUCGACAUAGCAGAGCACCUCGACAAAGUCGCCGCCGAUCCAUCACCCAAAUGCAGCCCCUGUGAAUCACCCGUGAUCUCCACGCCAUCUACAAUCGGGUCGAUCCGGCGGUCAAUCACCCCUGACUACAGCAGCAGAUCGUCAUCAAGAUCGUCCUUCUCGUCUCGAGGAAGCAGUUAUUCACGAAGAAGUUCCUACUCCCGUGAUCGAAGUUAUUCCAGCCGCUCGUCUAGAUCGAGAUCUUACAGCGUUUACUUUCUGUUGCAACGCCAGCUCUGA